GUGUUUAUUCCCCUAAAAGACCUCCGGUCAGACAUUCCUCGCGGCUCAGAUCUGCCCAGAGGAGGUGAGAGAGCGAAUUACAGGGUCAGCUGAGAGAGAGAGGGAGCGAGAGAGCACAGAUGAUCAGUGUGUGUGUGUGCAUUUGCGUCCUCGCAGGUUUAACAGAAGGUCCUUAAGAGAAAGAGACAUUUCGUAAAAGGCAAAGAAAGAUCCUCACUGAAAUAUGUUGGGGGUGUUGCUGUGCUGGUGUUUAGGGGCCUCAGUGCUGUUAUACGUCCUGUACUCGUGGCUGAUUCCUGCAGCGGUGCAGUUUAAUGGCAGUCUGGCGUUACUCUGGCAUGAUGUCAUCGUGGAGCGAGCUUUGGAUUCCCUGACCCGAUCAACUCGACCACAGCGUCUGCUGAAAGCUGUAAAGCAGCAUGCGACUCGAGGCGACCCUCAGAGCGUCAUCUCUGCCAUUGAUCACUUCUGCAGACACCGCGAAUGGGCUAUGAAUGUUGGAGAUGAGAAAGGCUGUAUCCUGGAUUCAGUGGUAAGUGAGCUGAACCCAGAGAAGGUCCUGGAGUUGGGCACAUACUGUGGCUACUCUACAGUUCGCAUCGCUCGUCUGCUUCCUCCUGGAGCUCGUCUCAUUACACUGGAGUUCAACCCAGAUUACGCUGUGAUUGCUCGACAAGUCAUCGCCUGGGCUGGAAUUGAAGACAAAGUGCAGCUUGUAGAAGGUGCGUCUGAAGACUGGAUCCCACGCAUGAAGGAGCACUUUGGAAUCGAAACCUUUGAUUUAGUUUUUCUGGACCACUGGAAAGACCAUUACCUUCCUGACACUAAAUUAAUGGAGGGUUGUGGUCUGCUAAGGAAAGGCACGGUUCUUCUUGCUGAUAAUGUGAUCUGUCCUGGAGUCCCAGACUAUCUUGAAUAUGUGCGCAAUAGCCGUUCCUAUAAAAGCUGCUAUUUUAAAUCCCAUUUAGAGUACACCAGGGCAGAGGAUGGCUUGGAGAAGUCUGUGUUUUUGGGCUAGAGAUGUACAGAGAUGAUUCUUAUGCUUAAAAGGAGGAUUUUUUUUCUUUUCUGAGAGCCAGUGUGAGGUUUAUUUUAAAUGAUUUAUUAUUAUAAGUCCCCUACACUCUUCAAACACUUGGUUGUUUUAAACCAAAUUUAGAUAAAAUAUGAACAAACUGUAACAAUGGGUUAAAGGCGUAGUAAACCCAAAAAUUUAAAUCCCAUCAGUAUUACUUGAACUUCAUCUGUUAGAGUUUAUUUCUUGUCUUGAACACAAAAGAAGAUACUUAGCAAACAUUUGGGAAACUGGUAGACAUUGACUUCUGUAGUGUAUUAUUAAUUCAUUAAUUUUCUUUUUGGCUUAGUCCCUAUAUUAUUUAGGGGUCGCCACGGCGGAAUGAAUCGCCAACCUAUCCAGCAUAUGUUUUACGCAGCGGAUGCCCUUUCAGCCGCAACCCAACACUUGGAAACAACAAUACACUCUUGCAUUCACACACAAACACUACGGCCAACUGAAAUGCCAAUUGAUCCAGCCAGGGCUUGAACCAGUGACCUUCUUGCUGUGAGGCGAUUGUGCUACCCACUGCGCCACCGUGACGCCCCUUAAAUCAUUUUUGGUUCCACUUUAUUUUUAAGAAGACGAUGUUAAAGUGUAACUAUCCAGUUAAUUGCUGUGUAAAAGUUAUUAAUAACAUGUACCUACUAUAUGGUUAGGUCCCACUUUACAUUAGGAGGCCUUAGCUAACAUCUAGUCACACUGAAAUUAAUCAUUUGUUACAAUGUACUUAUUGUGUAAAUACAUGUUUUUACAUUUAUGAUUGAUUAAAUACGUGCAUGUAAUUACAUCUGUAAUUAAUUUCUGCAAUUACAUUUGUAAUUGACCAUCCUUACACCUUAACCCACCCUUAAACCUACCCAUGCCAUCAAACCUGUCCCUAACUCUACCUGUAUCCCACCUCAAGACCACCAGAAAAGUUUUGCGAUACAUUAUGAACACAGUAAGUACGUUGUAUUUAUUCUUUUAUGCAAGCACAUAUUAGUUGAGGUCACCUGGUAUAAAGUAAGAUCCAUCAUUUUAAUUGUUAUUACUAUAGUAAGUGCAUGGAACAUGUGUAACUAUGUCUCCUUAAAUAAAGCAUUACAAUUGUAAA